AAAAGCACAAAAUAAAGUAAAAAAUAAAAACAAAUAAAAAACAUCAUCAUCAUUCUUCCCUUCGCCAUUGAGUUUCAGGUAACUCUCUCAUCCAUGGUGUUUAUUUUCAACUAGUCUAAAGAAUAACAAAAACAACAAUUAACGGUUGCAAUCAACGCGUAUCUCCUUCUCAAACAAAAGCCCCAACAUAUUUUAUCUUAUAUCGCAUUCCCCGACCUUUAAUAGUUAAAAUUAGGGUUUUGGUUUGGUUCGCGAAACAUCGCGAAUUGGGGAACCGCGAUCGGUACGGGCGAACCCGGUUCGAGAUUUGCGGCGGUUACCAGCGAACCAGGUAACGCUGAUUGAGCCAAUAGUCAUAGUGUCCUACGACCUUCAGAAAUUAACAUAUAAUUCACAGAUUAAAACAAAUAACACCAUUAACAAAAGUUAUCAAGAAAUGGAGUUACCAACAAAACUCAUAUUAUUAGUGCUCCAAUUCAUCCUCAUUUCUUUCCUUCCAAAAACCUCAGCUCAGUUUCAAUUCCUCUACAGCAAAUGCGGAAACAUCAACUAUUACACCCAAAACAGCACUUACCAAUCCAACCUCAAAACAGCCCUCAACUCUCUAUCCUCAACCCCUCGAGUCACCAAUGGCUACUACAACUUCACCGCGGGUCAAACUCCUAACAAAGUCAAAGCCAUGGUCCUAUGCAGAGGUGACGUACCUUACAACACUUGCCGGCUUUGUAUCCGUGACUCGGCUGCUACUCUCCCGGUAUCAUGUCCUAACCAAACAGAGGCUUUCGGGUACACUGACAACUGCAUUAUAUUUUACUCAAACAACUUCAGUUUUAAUGCAGUAAAAGAGAGGCCAAGAUGGGCUCUGUGGAAUAACAAGAAUGUUUCAAAUAUCACAGGGUUUAACAACACACUUACUUCUAUGAUGAAUACCUUGCAAAAUAAGGCUUCAUUGGGGAAUUCUGAGCUGAAAUCUGCUGCUGCACAGAUAAAUCUGACUACUACAAAUCAAACCAUGUAUGGACUUGUUCAGUGUAAUCCAGAUUUGUCAAGGUUUGACUGUGUUAAGUGUGUUCAAUACCUGAUCUUUAGCUUCUUCUCCAAAGAUUUUGUUACGCCUACAUUUAUCGCUGCAGGAGCCAGGGUGAUUACACCUAGCUGCAAUCUUCGGUAUGAAAUCUACUCCUUUUAUGGUAAUCUUACCGAUGUUGGUCCACCGCCACCACCAGUACCAGUAUCAAACAGAAGUUCUACUCCACAAGUUGAAAUAAACCAGAAGUCUCAUAGAAGUCAUAGCACCAUUGUCAUUGUGAUCCCGAUUAUGGGAUCACUAGUACUCAUAAUAAGCAUAGCUUCAAUCUGCAUCUUAUUAAGGAGGAAGAAACGUAAAAAGUCUGCAACAAACCUAAACAAAGAAGAAAUUGAAAAUUUCAAUUCCUUACAAUAUAGUUUUGAGGCUAUCAAGGUUGCAACAAAUGAUUUUUCCAAUGACAAUUAUCUUGGAGAAGGUGCAUUUGGCGCUGUAUAUAAGGGUAAGCUUCCUGAUGAGCAAGAAAUAGCGGUGAAGAGACUGGCAAGGAAUUCAGUUCAGGGUGAUGUACAGUUCAAAAAUGAAAUUUUAAUAUUAACCAAGCUUCAACACAGGAAUCUGGUAAGACUUCUAGGAUUCUGCUUUGAAGAAGAAGAAAUGCUUCUGAUUUAUGAGUUUGUGAUCAACAAAAGCCUAGACAGCUUCCUAUUUGAUCCUAUACAAAGUUCAUCUUCAUCUAUGCCGUGGGAAACACGUUACAGAGUCAUUAAUGGCAUUGCUAGAGGACUUGUUUACCUUCAUGAGGAUUCUAGACUGCGGAUUGUACAUCGUGACCUCAAAGCUGGUAAUGUUCUGCUAGACACAGAUUUUAAUCCAAAGAUUGCAGAUUUUGGCAUGGCAAAGCUGUUUAACAUUGACCAGACUCAAUCUGUGGCGAGCACAAUGGUUGGAACCUUUGGAUACAUGGCACCCGAAUAUGUGCUACAUGGUCAUGUGUCAACAAAAUCUGAUGUUUUUAGCUUUGGUAUACUUAUCCUAGAGAUUGUAAGCGGUCAAAGGAUUAGUUCUUUUAAGAUAAUUGGAGAAAAGCCCGAAAACUUGCUUACUUUUGCAUGGAAUAAGUGGCUAGAAGGCAAGGCUUGGAAUAUUGUUGAUCCUACAUUACCUUCUGCAUUUAGCACAGAGAUAUUGAGAUGCAUACACAUUGGAUUGCUGUGUGUCCAGCAUAACAUGGCAGACAGACCUACUAUGUCUUCUGUUGAACUGAUGCUAAGUAGCUCUUCUCUCUCUCUCCAAGUACCUUCACAACCAGCAUUUUUCACACGAAGCCAUACACCAUCAAAUGCGACAUCUCAAGGGAAUACCUCGAUCAGAUCAAUCUAGUAGUAGAUAACCGGCAUGUUAAUUAAUUAUUAGGUUACUAUGACACAAGUCUAUCCUCAGUAAAUGAGGUUACAAUGACACAGUAUAUGAAUGAAGUUCUGAUAUAUCUGUCCAUGAGACUCUGAAAUAUAUGAAUGAAGUUCUGAUAUAUCUGUCCAUGAGACUCUGAAAUAUAUGAAUGAAGUUCUGAUA